UAGCCUUGGAGCCGAAUCGUCAAUAUGGCGUCGAUGGCGUCAUCUAAAAGCCGUUGGUCGAUGUUAUUCCAACUCGAAUACUAAACGCAUGCGCCAUCUAGCGGCGGCGCGCCGAAUUAACCGAAGCGCCAUCUAACGGGAGAAAUGUCGCAGUUCCAUUAUUGAGAUCUGCCGGUGAAACAUAACCUCAAAAUUGCAGAAUUUUUUGGAAUAAUAUUAAUACGCGAGCUGAAUUUAUGAGUUUAUGACGCAAGAAUGGCACGUUUGUUUAAUAGAUCGACUGUCCGCGAACUCGCAAAAAUGCAAGUUUGCAAAUACGCUCAUAAGGCAGAUCACUGGUCUGUGAUUAGAAAGAAGAAAACACACAUGGAUAAGGCCUUGGCACAUUUUGAUGAAUUUUAUGCUAAUGUCUAUGGAAAAUCGUGGGAAGACAUAAGAACUGCGUUACUGCAAGAAACACACAAAUAUAUGGCUGUUGUGAACAGCUUUAGUGAUAUAGAUAGAAUCAAAUCAGAGUUGGAGUCACAUGGUGCCAUGAAUCUAAAAUCAAUUUAUGAAACUUAUAAGGAACACAUUAAUGCUCAUCGAGAUAAAUCUAAAAUGAAAAAAAAGAGAAAGCCAGCAAAAAAACAGCAAACAGAUUCUGUAAUUACCGAUGCUCAGGUGUCAGCAAUACAAUCGCAUUAUCCCAUAGAUUGUGCGUCACUACCUGUGUCUCCAAGUACAGAAAAGGAAGAUGAAACUGAAGAUAAGAAUAAGGUGAAAUCAGGAUUACAGCCUGUAGAAAUGAAAUCUAUAGAUGCUAACUUGAAUGAAGUGAUGUUGGACGAAAAUCGAAUUGUACAUCCCAAUGCUGGCUUGAGUGGACUAUAUGAAUUUGUGCCAGCUUCGAAAAUUAAAGGUAUGGAAGACUGGAUAUUAGAAUCGCAACACUAUGGCUAUUACAAAGAAGGUGCAGAUUUCUCAAUAAACAUUGAAAAAGAAGCAACGUUAAUGUUUCCACAGUACCUCAACAUUUAUACAUUUGAAGAAAACAACGAUAGUCCAUUUCCAUCUCCAAAGAACGGAUCCACAGGAGUUCUAGAUUAUUAUCUUCUGGAUGGUGCUUCUGUAUUACCGGUGUUGGCUUUGGACUUGCAGCCUGGCGACGUCGUGCUAGACAUGUGUGCAGCACCAGGAGGAAAGACUCUGAGUAUUCUUCAGACGCUCAUGCCACGUACGAUAGUUGCUAAUGACCUUUCUCAGUCCAGAGUGAAAAGGAUCCACAAUGUCAUAAAUCAGUAUGUUGCUGGUAUUGGAAAAUGGAAAGACAGACUAUACGUGACAGAACGAGACGCGAGAUAUAUCGAAGACAAAGAUAUAUAUAACAAGAUCUUGGUGGAUGUACCAUGCACCACAGACAGACACGUUUUACAUUCGGAAGAUAACAACAUCUUUAAACCACAGAGGAUUCGAGAGAGAUUACAAAUGCCGGAAUUGCAAGCGGCCAUUCUAACUAACGCCUUAAAAAUAGUAGCAGUUGGUGGAACAGUCGUGUAUUCUACCUGUUCUCUCAGCCCUAUUCAAAACGACGGCGUCGUCGGUAUGGCGUUAAAGAAGACUUGGGAAGACUCCAAUUCUAUCAUGGUCGUAAAAGAUAUGAGGGAAGCAUUAAAGCCAUUGAGAUGCCUUUAUAAAUUUCAUGAUUUUACAUUAAAACACGGCCAUAUCGUCAUUCCUACUCUCGACAACAAUUGGGGUCCCAUGUACUUUUGUAAAAUAGUGAGGAUACGAUAGUGACAGUACAUAGUGAGCACAAAAUAUAUGUAUAUGUACACAUAUGAAAAGUCUACAGAAAGAUCUACAGAAUCGUUUACAAUGAAACAUAAAUAAUUAAUUAUAAAUUAAGACAGAGCAUCUUAAAAAGUAUAUACAUAUGUAAAAUUUUACGUACCAUAUUUCGCAUUAUUCUCUCUUAAAGGUAAUGUUUGAUCACUUACUUCAUCAGAUGUUUUAAUUUUGUUCCAUGGUUGUUCGUUGCCGCUUCCAAAGAUAGUGUAAACCAGUAUUUCAAUUACGUAUAGAAUAUUGGUUACGAGGAAUAUAAUUCUCCAUGCUUCUAUGGUUUGCUGUAAACAAUAAAAUCAAGAUGUACAUGCGCGUGCCUAUUCUAAA